CUUUCCACCUCACCUGCUUUUCUCCCUCUACCCCUUUCUCUCUCUCUUCUUGAGCUGAUCUUGAUCCAUUGCUGGAUGCUCAUGCACAGGAAGCUUGCUCAAGGUUGGAGUGAGGGCAGAUGGGGGAAGUUGCAGUGCAUUGCCAAUUGCCAAAGCUGCACCAAGAUUGGUUGAUUGAUUCUUGCCAUUAGGAAAGGCAGAUUAGAGAGAGAGAAAGAAGAGGAAGAAAGGGUGGGAGACAGGUGGACAAAAAGGGUAAAGAGUGAGGAGGAGUAAAGGUGGUGGAUAGAGAGAGAGAGAGAAGAGAGUGAGGGAAUCCAGCCCAGUCUUGAUCGAUCGAUCGAUCCGUGUGCGUUGCGUCGUCCCAGAUUGGGAGCAGGAGUGUGCACGAAGCAAAGCGGCAGGGAGGGGGAGGCCGCCGCGCCACCGACACCGAGAUUUUUCCUACACCGCCGGUCGGAUCCCGGCCGCCGCUUCGGUUGCCGCGCCCGCCGGAGGUGGUGGUGGUGGUUCUUUCAAGCUCGCUCGGUUGCUGCUCCCAGAUAUAGUGGGGGAUGGAUCGAAGAAGCUGGCCUUGGAAAAAGAAGUCUUCUGACAAAUCAUCAAGUGGAGAUUUGCUGAAGAAUUCCAAUCAAGCAGAGCAGGACGAGCAAGUACCAAAAUUUGUGCAGAUUUCACCAGAAAGAUAUGCAAGUUUUACUGAAUUAGAAGAGCAAGUGAAGAUUUUAUCUGACAAGGUGAAUGUGUUGAAUGAACAACUAUCUGCAGCACAAUCUGAUAUCACUAACAAAGACGGCCUAGUAAAGCAGCAUGUUAGAGUGGCAGAAGAGGCUGUAUCAGGUUGGGAGAAAGCUGAAGCAGAGGCCUUGGCUUUGAAAGUUCAACUAGAAACUGUUACAUUAUCUAAGCUAGCCGCUGAGGAAAGAGCUUCUCAUCUGGAUGGUGCUCUGAAGGAAUGUAUGAAACAAGUGAGGACAGUAAAGGAGGAAAGUGAGCAAAAGCUGCAAGAUGUUGUCUUUGGAAAGACCAAGCAGUGGGAGAUGAUGAAGGCUGAACUAGAAGCAAAAUUAGCUUCUUUCGAACAGGAGCUAAUUCGAGCAGGUGAUGAGAAUGAUGUGCUCUCAAGAUCUCUUCAAGAACGGGAAAACUUACUGAUGAAAGUUGGUAAGGAAAAAGCACAGGCAGAAGCUCAGAUGGAAUUGUUGAAGAGCACUAUUCAAUCAGGCGAAAAAGAGAUAAGUUCAUUGAAGUAUGAAGUACAUGUUGUUUCCAAAGAACUUGAGAUUCGCAAUGAAGAAAAGAACAUGAGUGUGCGUUCAGCUGAUGUAGCAACUAAGCAGCAUCUAGAGGAUGUCAAGAAAAUAUUAAAACUGGAAGCGGAAUGCCAAAGGUUACGUGCACUUGUUCGGAAAAAGUUACCCGGACCAGCUGCACUAGCUCAAAUGAAGCUCGAAGUGGAUAGCUGGGGCAGAGAUCACGCUGAUAACAAAAUGCGACGCUCCCCUUCAAGGAGUUCGAACUUCCAUCAUCCUAUGUCACCAUCUCCUGAUAAUUCUCUCGGGAACUUGCAACACAUGCAGAAAGAGAAUGAAUUUCUGACUGCACGUUUAUUAUCGAUGGAGGAAGAAACCAAGAUGCUAAAAGAUGCGCUGUCAAAGCGUAAUAAUGAGUUGCAGGCAUCAAGAAAUACAUGUGCUAAGACAGCAGGCAAGCUCAACAGCAUGGAAGUUCAGAUGGUGAGUGCUAGGCAGUAUAAGAGUCCAACAAAUUCAAACCUUGAUGUUCAUCAUGAUGGUGCACUGAGCCUGAAUGGAAGCAACCCACCAAGUCUGACUUCCAUGUCUGAAGAUGGUGUUGAUGAUGCAGCAAGUUGUGCCGAGUCUUGGGCCAAUGCGUUGAUAUCUGAGCUCUCACACAUCAAGAAAGAUAAAGGAAGUAAGGGUGGUUUAACAGAAAAUUCCAAUCAGAUGGUACUCAUGGACGACUUUCUAGAGAUGGAGAGGUUGGCGUGCUUAUCUCCUGAAGGGAAAGGAUGUGGAAGAUUUAUUGACAAGAAGAAGGCUGCUAAAGUUGACACCACUCUCACUAUUGUCAAUAAACGGGAAAGUGAUAGAGAUUCAUGGCCAUCCUUGCAGUUCCCAGAUACGCCAUCCAGCAGUGAACAUCAACCUGAGAACUCCUCGCUUUCAAAAUUGCAAUCAAGAAUUUCCUCUCUCUUGGGUUCUCAAUCACCACAGAAUAAUGUUGGGAAGUUACUAGAUGGUAUCAGAAAUAUCCUAAGAGAUAUUGAGGAAGAAGCAGAAUCAAUGAAUGCAAAAAAGAAUCAAGCUGAAGACAUGAACGAAGUUGCUGAUAAUGGAUCAUUGACAAACCAAUCUAGGAAACGAGGGGUUAUGGAUCAUGUCCUAAGACAGGCAAUUUUGGAUAUUCGUGAUUUUUUCCAGUCAUUCAAAAGGCAACUAUCUGAGUUCCAAGGUAAAGGUCCCUACCGCAGAAUCUGUGAGAAAAUAGAGCAGUUCUCCACUCUAGCUGAUAAAGUUAUGUUUAAUGAAACUUGUCUCGCUGAGAUGGUGAUAGCAUUAGCGGAAAUCUUGUCUGAAAGUUCUGCGAUCAAACUCACAAUGCUGAGAGACAGCGUCAAUGAGGCAGAGAGCAAUAAUCUGGACUGUGUUGAUAAAGUGACCUUAUUGGAAAACAAAGUGCAUCGUCAGCCAACUAAAGAUAGUCUAGCUGAUGUUUGUUCACUUAUGCCUCACUCAUCUUAUGAUCCUGACUUUGAGGGUUCUAGUUAUGCAUUUGAUGUUAAAACUACAGUGCGGAUAUGCUCACCAGAGGAAUAUGAACAACUGAAAUCGGACAAGAGGAAGUUGGAGAUGGAAUUAGCAAAGUGCAACGAAGCUAUUCAAUGUACAAAGCUUGAGUUUAGUGAGAUGGAGAAAAGCAUGGAAGAGCUUACAUCAAAGCUGUCUGCCUGCGAGAAAUCAAAUAGCUUGACUGAGACACAGUUGAAAUGUAUGGCUGAAUCAUACAAAUCACUUGAGUCACAUAAGUUGAAAUUAGAAAGUGAAAUAGAAGUGCUGCAUAAACAGAUAGAUACGUUGAGAACUGAACUUGCUGAAGAAAGAGAGAACCAUCAGGAGGAUUUGUCAAAGUACAGAGAUCUGAAGGAGAAGAUCGAAAGGUAUGAGAAUGAGAAGAAUACUGGAUGUCCAGAUGAGGAUGCAGGUGUCAAAACGAAGCAGGAGAAAGAGAUAGCAGCAGCAGCAGAGAAGCUCGCAGAAUGCCAGGAGACAAUAUUGCUUCUUGGCCGCCAGCUGCAAACUCUUCGCCCGCCGCCAACAGAACCACUAGGUUCUGUGGUAAACAAACAACCUGUGGGGGUUUUUCCCGAAGAUCAAGCUAGAUCAACCCAAGGCUUGCAUUUUAAGAAGCUUUCAGGUCAAUUUGAUACAGAUCACGCAUUAUUCUCAAGUGCACCGGGAACAGGAAAUGUCUCUCCUCUAAAUGGAUACAGAACACACAAAAGCCCCUCCAAUCUUGAUGGAAACCCUUACAUUAACUCCCCGAACAGUUCGAAGCGUCCGAAGCACAGAUCAAGAUCUUCUUCUUCUUCCUCAUUUACUAACCAGUUCACAGAGAAACAGGGCCGAGGUUUCAGUCGGUUAUUCUCAAAGAGCAAGAGCGAAUACUGACCUGACUUUGAGCUUGUUUUGCUUGUCAUGGCAAGCAUUGCAGGUGCAUAUUUUUGCCAACAAAACCUACACCUGUUUGUGUAUUAUCAUAUAUUUAUGUAGAUGAUGCCUGCAUUCACCAGAUUCUAGUAUUUGGUUGAGGUUUAUUAGCUAUAUCCAGAUUCAGUGUGCUUGUCAGCCGUCAGUGCCUUUCCUGGUCAUUUUUGGGUUGCUGUUUGCCUAUACCUCACUUCAUGGAACCUCAUUGUACAUCUCCCUACCCUGAUGAAGAUUGAGAAGGUAAUGUUGUUAGUCUGGAGAUUUCUCUUGCAUGCCAAGGACGACUUAACCUAUAACUUUAUGUAUUCAGUAUUCUGGUUAGUUUUCUGUACAGGUAACAUGAAAAAGGGUUUGGAAUUUGUUGCCAAGUUAUUGGUUGUAAAGGCUUGAAUACUAUGUGUGCUAACAUUGGAAUGGAAUGUGUUUGCUCCCCCAAACAAUAUCAGUAUGCUAAUCAUUUAUGCUGCAACCGAGCUCAAUUUUGUAUAUUUUUCCC